AUGGACACGAUGAAGCUCUCUGCGCUGCUCGUGUUCGCUGCGGCGUGCGUCGUCGCCGCUACGACAAACGGCACCGCUGCGCCGGUGGACGCCCUCGACAGCCUGGACUCACGCCUCGCGCGACUGCCAAAGGACGAGGCGGAGCAGACGACGCGGUGGCUCGUCGGCGGGCUGCUCGGCGCGUCGACGCUCGCGCUGGCGAUCGCGAAGGAGCUGCGCCGCGAGCCCAAGUGGAGGGGCGUGGCGUAG